UGCGUACCGGCCUCUAAAUAUGAUGUCUUCAUAACUUCUGAACAUUAAACGUUUGGGCUUGGACAUGGCUGGGAUAGUGUUAAGGCGAUGUGUGAGCAGGACUUUACUGUCUGCAGCACCUGGUGCAAAAGGCAUCAGAACCAGAGGGACAAACCGGUACUACUGGACAUCUUUAAAAAGGACUGCCACUGCUCUGACUAGUGGAAGAGUUGCAUUCCUCCUUGGGCUCCCCACACUUUCCUGUCUGGGUUAUGAAACUUAUCACAGAGUGCAGAGUUCAGCCGUGGUCCACGCUUUAGAAAAAGAGGAGGUUUUGGAGCAGGCUGACUACCUUUACAGCUCUGCAGAGUCAGAGAAGCUGUACCAGCUGCUACUAAACUACAAGGACAGCGAUGAAGCAGAGUUCCUGUGGAGGCUGGCCCGGGCGUCUCGGGACAUGGCCGUCCUGCCCAACAUGGAGGCCGAACGGAAGAAGCAGCUGAUAUUCGAGGGCUUCGAAUAUGCAAAGAAGGCACUGGAGAAGGAUGAGAAGUGUUUCGCCGCACACAAAUGGUAUGCAGUAUGUCUCAGUGAUGUUGGGGAAUACGAGGGAGUCAAGGUGAAAAUAGGAAAUGCUUACAUCAUCAGGGAACAUCUAGAGAAAGCUCUUGAGCUCAAUCCCAAAGAUGCCACUUCUUUGCAUAUUUUGGGUCACUGGUGCUUUGCUUUUGCUGAGCUGCCUUGGUAUCAACGCAAGGUGGCGGCUGUCAUUUUUUCAACACCACCUACUGCCACAUAUGAGGAAGCUUUGCAAUUCUUCUUGAAAGCUGAAGAAGUUGAUCCAAACUUCUACAGUAAAAACCUGCUGAUGCUGGGUAGGACCUACAUGGGCAUGAACGACAAAGAAAAAGCGCUGCUCUUUCUAACCAGAGCAAAAGAGUACCCUGCUCACACACAGGAAGACCGAGAGGUCCAUGGAGAGGCAGUUGAUCUCUUGAAGAAACUGGGAUGAAGCUGUUAUUACCACUGAGUGGAACGUGAUGCUUUCGGGGACGUUUGGACUGUUAAUUGCUCGCUGCUUUUUAACCUGAUUCUGUGAUUAUUAACACACGACUAUGUUUUAUCAUUCAGCUUUGGGUUAAAUUAAAAUUUCAACAUUUAACGUUUGAUAUUGCAAUAGUUAACAGGAUCUCUUGUUUAUAAAUUCAUGCCUGAAUUCCUCUUAAACUUGACUGCUCUCUAGCUUUGGAGGACGCACAUGCUCUUUGUGUCACACCUAUAGAUUGCAGGUUGACUCUGAUAAAACAAAAAAAAAAGAUAAAUGAGCUUUCUGGUCUUCAGUCGCGUUUACUGUAGCUGUCAAUAACAUACUGGAUGGAACAAUAUAACAAUGCAAACCCUAUACAUCACCCUAUAAUUAUUGUAAUCUUCCUGCUAUAAAAGUGAUGUAAGUGGCACAGUUAAAUGCACUUCAAUAAGUUUGAACAGAGACCAAUUGGUGUCUCCAGGUGAACAAAGUGUGAAAACAAUAAAAUGGUGCAGAGUCUCGAG